AAAUUCGAGACUCAGGGCUACGGCGCAGGGAGAGGAAGAGGGGAGAGGGAGAGAGAUAGAGAGAGAGAGAGAGAGAGAUCUUCUUCUUCUCUUUUGAUCGAGGCCGAAGGGGGCAAUCGGAGGGAGAAGGGAAGAGAUGGGAUGCUCCUUCUCAGGGCUCAACGCGCUCUACAACGCGGUGAACGGGGGCGGCGAUGUCUGGAUCAACGAGAACCGAUUCCGGAUUCUGAGGCAGAUCGGCGAGGGGGGAUUCGCCUACGUCUACCUCGUUAAGGAGGUCGUCGACGACGCCCGGUCCGGCAGCGGGCUCGCCGCCAAGAAGUCCAUGCACCCUUCCCAUGUCUCAGAAGAUGGGACAUAUGCUAUGAAGAAAGUCCUUAUUCAAAGUGAGGACCAGUUACAGUUGGUGAGGGAGGAAAUCCGUGUUUCGUCUCUUUUUAAUCAUCCAAAUCUGCUUCCUCUUCUUGAUCAUGCAAUUAUUGCAGUUAAGGGUCCCCAAGGAGGAUGGAACCAUGAAGCAUACCUCUUAUUCCCAGUUCACCUAGAUGGGACUUUGCUGGACAAUGCUAAAGUUAUGCAAGCAAAGAAGGAAUUCUUCUCAACAGUCACCGUUCUGCAAAUUUUCCAACAGCUUUGUGCAGGGCUAAAGCACAUGCACAGUUUUGAUCCUCCAUAUGCUCAUAAUGAUGUGAAACCUGGUAAUGUCCUCAUGACACAUAGAAAGGGGCAACCACCUCUUACAAUUUUAAUGGAUUUUGGAAGUGCUCGGCCCGCAAGAAAGGAAAUUCGUUCUCGUUCAGAGGCAUUACAAUUGCAGGAAUGGGCUGCUGAGCAUUGUUCUGCACCAUUCCGAGCUCCUGAGUUAUGGGAUUGUCCAAGCUACACCGACAUUGAUGAGAGGACAGAUAUCUGGUCACUAGGAUGUACUUUGUAUGCAAUAAUGUAUGGUGUUACUCCUUUUGAGUAUGCACUUGGAGAUUCAGGAGGCAGCUUGCAGUUGGCCAUUAUCAAUGCACAGAUAAAAUGGCCCCCUGGUCCUGAUCCCCCUUAUCCGGACGCUCUCCGACAGUUUGUAGUAUGGAUGCUCCAGCCUCAACCUGCAGUCAGACCUCACAUUGAUGAUAUCAUCAUUCAUGUUGAUAAGCUCAUUUCAAAGUACUUGCCUCAAGCCAAACCGUAAUAUUUUAAUUUUCUUGGAUUGAAUAUAUGUGAAUCAUAGUGGAGCUUCCUUUACAUGUAAAUUUAUAUGUGUUUCUCUCUUAAAAGUGGUUUCACCAUGUUGUUACAUGCAAAGUUGAUUACUUUUGUAGUUUCAGCAGACUAUAAUCAAAUAUAUGACAGUUUAUCUUCAAUGUCCAA